GUGCCGACCAGGCUCGUUUGUUUUCGCUGAGCAUUUAAUAUAUCGACACAAGAGCAAUGUGUCGUCACCUUCGAACAUGGCUACCCUGACCGACGAAUGAACCACUCCAACAACACCGUCAACAGAGUAAAUAGGAAGCCUGGUCGGAAUGAACAAUGUGAAGAUGCACCUCCAUUGACAAUCUAAAACUAUAACGUCUGAUCAGAAAGAAUGUCGACUCCUCGGUCCCCUCGCAGGGCCUGUGACAGAUGCUACAAGCACAAAGAACGGUGUCAUUUUGAUGAUUCCGCCGCGGAGAAAUGUACUCUCUGUCAAAGCUCCAAGUCACAAUGCACCAACUCCCGGGUCCAAUACCGCUCUGGUCGACGGCCGAAAGUGUCGACGUUUGGCCCCGACGGUUCUUCGAUCCAAGUAUGGGCCGUCAAAGACUCUUUGGGCGUCAAGGUCAAUAACAACAAGAGUCGCAAACGUCGAGGUGAGCAACUCACCAAGUCGACAUCGAAUCCCAAUGUGAAACUUGAUGGGAACGGCAACGGUGAUGAUAGCACAGUACCACAGUCGACAACAAUAUUGUCCACACUAUCCGGGGUUGCUCAAGUCGACUCUGCCUCGACCCAGACCUCGACCGACGAACGAUACUACUCAUCCGCCAGCCAACUUUACGAAUCGUCACCUGAAAUCCUCGAACAAUUUUCUCAGGUCUAUGAUUUGUUCAUGUUGGGCCCGACCUUUGCGGAAGGGUUCCGGGCCGCGAUCCGUCUGUCCUUUUUCUCCUCGCCGGCUUUGCUGAAAGAAAUCUUCGAGGCCAUCCAUUCCGUCGUCACAAGAGCCAAGGACUUUGUCGUCGACGUCGACGACAACGACGACAGCCACCGGCAACGACAACGACAACCCUACGUCGAGGCCGAUAUAAUGGUAGGGGCGGCGGCUCUCGAAAAGUUGCGGACCGUCCAGAUCAAAACCGUCCAAGACGCUCUGGCGGUCAACGCGCUAGGUCAAACCUUGGCCGCUUUUGAUCUACUCACCGGGUGCAACGAUCCGGCUUUGAUUCUGAGGUACUCCUUGUCUUCCAUCGAACCUUGGUACGGUGAGUUGUCGAGUGACCCUGCCUUGGACCCUUUUACCAUCACCUCCAUCUUUUGGGACACGGCUUCUUGUCUGUUGCGUCGAGACGUGCCCGUCCUGAGGUACACUUAUCGUGACCAUCAUCAUCGUCACAACCACGACCACAAUGAAGAUGAAGAUGAAAUGAAUCACAACAACUCCAACACCACCACCGGCGGCACCGUCGUCGAACGGUCCGCCGGUCUAUGUACGACCCUUUUACCGAUCCUCUACGACCUGUGCGUCGUCAGUAAGGAACUCGACGUCCAACGCCGUUGUGGCAUCCCGGGGAGCAUAGGACCCGUCCGGCGAGUCGGCGAGAGUCUGGAGCGGUGGGCCCCCGACCUCGACGCCCUCGCAGUCGCGUGCGAAUCCCACCGCCGGAACUUCUCCCCCAACGAGAAGCUCGAGAUGCACUCGCAGGCGGUCAUGUAUCGUCUGGCCGGCCUGUUGCUGGUCCACCGAAUCUUGAACCCCUUCGGUACGCUCGACGGGACCGCCGCCCGGUAUGCCCGGGACAUCCUGGAUGCCAUGUCGAGGUUUUGCGCCUCCGCCGCCGCCGCCGCCGCAACCACCACAUCCCCCACGUCCCCCCCGCCAGCGGAAACGAAGGCGAAAACGAAGACGAAGACGAAAAUGCACAAUGUUGCCUUACCUCUACUCGUAGCUUCUCUCGAAAUUUCCACCAUCCCUCCAGACAUUUGGCAAAAUGUCUCCUUGUCCAGUUUUGCACCCGUGUGCGUCACCAAAAUGCAAGCUCUCGUAGAUCAUGUGUGGACAGAAAGGCGACGAGGCUCUAAACAGUUCAUGUUGGACUUGAUAGCAACAGGACCGAAUUUUAUUGUCGUCCCAUAAGUCAUCAAAUGGUGCGACGAUUGAAAGCUACUUAAUAUGGUGCCAAAAGGACCUGCCUCAGCUCUGUGUUUCUAAUGUCUUGCAUAACUUGUGAUGCUAUCAUAUACCUAGACUGGUUUGUCCAUGGAUAACCUCAUAUUCACUACCAUACAUAUUC